AUGUUGUUUGAUCUGCAAGUGGAGUUCAAGAUGCUCGCUAUUCGCCAUAAUGGAUCGGAGGACGAAAACUUGUUGUUUAACGAAAUGUCCAGUAAUUUCGGACUGAUUGAGUAUCUUAGCAUCUCUAAUGUUUAUGAUCAUAGCUUUAGACUAGUUUUCACUUCAUGGCCACAAGAAAUUACGAUCAUGCGUUCCGCUUGGUUCACUCUGAAAUAUGUUUUGGCGUGCACUUGUACUAGAAUUACACUCAAAGGGUCUCGUUUGGGAAACAAGGAUUUGGAUGAAGUCCUUAGAAAAUGGAAGGCUGGAGGAUUUGGGAACAUGGAGCGUCUGAAGAUCUAUAGUAAAAAUAUUAAAAAUAAUAGGACGAAGAUUUUGGGAAUGAGUUUGAGCGAAUUAGAAGGGAAGGUUAUCCAAUCUGAGAAUGGAUUAAAGAAGGCAACUAUUACAACUAACGUCAGAAGUAUUGAAAUGUCUGUGACUCCCUUUGAAUGA